ACACUCCUUACACACACACACACACACGCGCAUUGUGCAACACUAGCAAUUGCAAUAGAUUGGCAGGCUAAGCGCUUUCGUUAAGUUGGCAGCGCUAUUGUGUGAAUUUCAGACAAAAACAACGUGCGCGUGUGUGUUUUGUCAACUUUAAACCGUGUAAAUCGCUGUAAAUAAACGUAAUAAUUGUUAAAUUGUGUGCGCUAUUGCAUUUGCGUAGCUGCAACUGCGUCGCAGUCAGCAGCAGGCAGCGCCGCCACUAAAUUAAGCAGCAGCGUGAACAGCUGACGACGGCGCUAGCGACGGCAAAAUUGCAGCGCAGCAGCAACAGCAACAACAACAACAAUACGACGGCGCGUUCUCGAGUGUGUGUGUGUUGGUGUGCGUAAGUGCGCGUUAGUGUGUGAGCGCGCGCGUGUGUGUGUGUAAGUUUUUUGUGUUUAUUUUUGGAAUUAAAAAGCUAGCAGCCGAUUUGUGAGUGUUUGGGGGCAAAACUAAAGCUGAAACCCAAAAGCAACAAAAGCAACAACAACAGCAACGGCAACCAAAGUGUGCCGCAGCGGCAAUAAUAGACGCGCGUGGUGCCUUGGAUUUACUGUACGGCUCCACCGUGGAGAACUUUUACCUAAGAAUGGAUCCCACGCGCGAUUCGCGCUACAACCUAAACUACUCGAUGAGUAGUAUAGGCCUCAGUCUCGCCGAGCAGGCGGACAUGUAUGGCAAUCCCGCCGUGGCGGCACUCGGCGGACGCCCGCCCAGCGGUGGACUGCUGCAGAAUAUGGGCGGCGGCGGUGGCUUAGCCAUGCAGCGUCCUAAUCCCGCAGCAGCGGUACAGCAACAACAACAGCAGCAGCAACAAUGCCAAACAUUGGUCAACAAUCAAACGCACAGUCCGCAGCAUCAGCAACAGCAACAACAGCAGCAACAACAGCAGCAACAGCAGCAACAACAACAGCAACAGCAACAGUCGCGCGGCCUAAAGCGCAGCGGCAGCGAUUGCUACGAGGAUCAUCGCUCGGCGGGCGGCAUGACGCUGCAGGGCUUGGAAAGCUGCGCCGCCGCCGGCAGCGUAACGGGCGCCGGCGUCGAUGUCGAUGGCGUUGAUAGCUACAAUCCGCUGCCCAACAAGAAAUCACCGCCCGCCAAUGGCAAAAAGACAAAAGGACGCGUCAAAAUCAAAAUGGAAUACAUUGAUAACAAGCUCAGACGCUACACGACCUUCUCCAAGCGCAAAACGGGCAUUAUGAAGAAGGCCUACGAGCUGUCGACGCUGACGGGCACGCAGGUGAUGCUGCUGGUGGCGAGCGAGACGGGGCAUGUGUACACAUUUGCGACGCGGAAGCUGCAGCCGAUGAUCACAUCGGAGGCGGGCAAGCAGCUGAUACAGACGUGCUUGAACUCCCCGGAUCCGCCCAGUGUGGGUGGCGGGGAUCAGCGCAUGUCGGCGACGGGCUUCGAGGAGACGGAGCUGAGCUACAACAUCGCCGACGAGGACUCCAAAGAUGAGCGCUCGCCAACUUCAUCGGGCAACGAGUCUGAUGAUUCUUCGGAUGUUGAAAUGCUAACGGAUGCUGCUGAGGCAGCCAAAGCAGCAGCCAGAGCAGCAGCUAAAGCAGCCAAAACAGAGACAGCAACAGCAGCAGCAGCAGCAACUGCUGCAACAGUCGCUUGCCCCAAAUCAAUGCCACCCGCAUUGAGCUAUCAGACUGAAACUGGGCCAACAACAUCGACGGCUGCGGCGGCUGCAGCUGCAACUGUUGCUGCCACAACUGCAGAUAGCAACUGCAAAUACAUUUAUCCGGCCAACUCGCUGGGCAAUGUGCCGCCGGACAUGCUGCGGCAGCUCAUCGAAGCCGGACACUUGCAUCUGCAAACCGAUGAGGAUGGCAAUCAGUAUGUCACCAUACCCUUGAGCUCAUCCGCCGCUAGCUUCAUCAAGAGCAACAAUAAAAUGCCCACUGGCGCGCAAGUCGAGAAGCCUGCAGAUAAAACGCUGAACAUUAAACAGGAGUAUGAUUAACGGCAACUUGAACGUGUCCUUAACUGCUGCUAUCGCAUCCUGUGAGCAUCCCCCCAACCCCCCAGUCAUAUAUCAAUAUAUACGUAUAACAUAUUUUAUAUAGACUACAAUAUUUUUAUACCUUUGUAAAAGCCUGAGCAAAACAAAUAAUAAUAUUUAUAUAAACUUACUUAUUGGCGCCACUGUCUCCAGCUGUUCGAGCACAGUUUACACUUAAGUUAAUAUGAAGUUUUGCAAAUUGCAUCUAUGAGAUUGAAAGCAGUUACAAUCAUAAUAACGAUGAUGAUGAUGAUGUUCCUAAGCUGCAGUUAUAAAGUUGCUUUGUUAAUAGUUUAUAUUGUU